AUCUAUCUUCCUUUAAAAGCCGCCCCUCUCCCUGCGCCGGCGCCCCCCCGUUCUCCGCUCGAGGUGCAUUGUGGGGAGGAAAGUCGCUGCCAUUCGACCUCUGCGGGGCCUGCGCGGACGCAGCGAGAACCCUACAAUCAUUAUGCGCUCAAAACCUUUAUUUAUUUCCGCAUAACCUAUAUAGUCUCACCGGGGAGGGCCAGGCAGGCAGGAGGAGCAGGCAUCUUUUUCGGGGGGGGGAAAUCCAUCGUUUACAAGUAUAUUAUUUCUAUUUUGGUUGUCGUAGAGAGUGAAGAUUGUAACAUAUAUAUCAACAGAAAAAUGUCCGGGGAGAGAAACCGCAGGUCGUUGGCUUUCCGAGGAGGUGGAUCCUCCGCCGGGUUCACGGGCUCCGCCGGCCCCGGCAACAACAACAGUAACUGGGAGGCCCCGGCCGGCCAGGACCGACAUUUUAACGGGAACAGCAGCAGCCUGGACCCGGAGGAGGACGGGGACCCGGGGGCCAGGGGACCGGCGCAGGGGCGGCCGGAGGGCGCGGGGUCCGGGGGCGACAGCACGGAGCCCGAGGCGGAGGAGGACGACGACCAGGACCCGGAAGAGGGGGACGACCACGCCGGGGACGGCUCCAUCGAAGCCGAAGCUGAAACCGAAGCCUUGGACGGGUCCAAGGAGGAGGAGGAGGCGGAUGGUGCUGUGUUUCCUGCGGGACGAGGCGAGCCCCAGCCCCGCAGGGGCGGCGUGGAGAUGCGCCCGCAGACGCUGCUGCAGAAGAAGCGCUCGCUGUUCCACGGAGCCUGGCUGCAGGAGUUCCCCUGGCUCCGGUUCUGCCAGGAGACCGGGCUCAUGUCCUGCUCCUGGUGCCGCCACCUCGCCGGGAAACACACCGGGGACGAGCUGGUGAAGGGGAGCCGCAGCUACAAGCGGGCCUCGCUGCUGAGGCAUCACCUGUCCCCGGAGCACGGCAGGAACGACCCGGCCAGACAGGAGACUGUGAAGCCCUCGGAGAACACCUGCCCCUCCUCUAACUGUUCAGAAGAAGAUUACCGAAACAAGCCCAAUGAAAACUCCUACUGUUACCAGCUUCUCCGGGAGUUGGACAAGCAACGUAAAAGUGGCAUCCUUUGUGAUGUGAACAUAGUCGUCUCAGGCCAGGUGUUCCGCGCGCACAAAAACAUCUUGGUAGCAGGUAGCGGCUACUUCAAAACCCUUUACUGUCUGACCAAGAGCGAGGCCCAGGACCAAGCCACUGUAACACACCUGGAUGUUGCUGCCGUGCAGGGCUUCUCAGUUAUCCUCGACUUUCUCUACUCCGGGAAUCUGCUGCUCACAAGCCAAAAUGCCAUUGAAGUGAUGUCUGUUGCUAGUUACCUCCAAAUGACAGAAGUUGUACAGUCAUGUAGGGCUUUCAUUAAGGACGCCCUAAAUAUCAGCAUCAAACAAGAAGCUCCAGAUUCGGUGGUGGUGGAUUACAACAAGAGGCAAAUGGUCGCCAAAGAGGGGCAGAGAGGGCUGGACCGGAAGCCAAGCACCUUCUGGGCCACGAGCAUCCUGUCAAAGCUUUCCAUUAAGGCCAGCUGCAACCAAGGAAACGAUGCAACUGAAGAAGAUGCUGAAAACGGUGGUGUAAAAGAGGAAACCAGUGACGUAGAGGUGUCGAUGGCUGGUCGCGAGGGCAGUGCCCUGGUCAGCCACAGAGCCACGGGAAGCUGGAUCCACCAGAAUGACAGCUCGUCCGAUUCAGCAGAGGCCAAUGACAACCGGGCAGCGGGUAGCCAGACGCAGGUCUUCGUCUGGAACGAGCCGGUCACCGGGGGCACCGCCGCAGCACCCUCGGCCAUAAAGAGACGGGCACCGGACGCUGCUGCUGGAAGUGGCCGAAGGAAAAAACAGACCACCACACGGCGUUUCGUCUACAACUUCCCACCGGAGCCAGAGGAGGGAUUCGAUGAAGGGAUGUUCAUUCAGCCUUCGGCCUCCUACCCCAGAGAUGACUUCUCCUCCCUCUCAGAAAAUGCUGAGUUGGCCAAUCAGAUCCAGUAUAGCAUCAUCCAAGACUUACAGCAAGGGGAGUCCUGGGAGAAUGGUGAGACUUCUCAUCUAGCCCUCAAUAAGCUAAAGUGCCCCCACUGUAACUACAUUGCCAAGCACCGGCGCACACUCAAGAGGCACCUGAUCAUCCACUCAGGGGUGCGCUCGUUCAGCUGUGACAUCUGCGGCAAGCUGUUCACCCGCCGCGAGCACGUAAAGAGACAUUCCCUGGUCCACAAGAAGGACAAGAAAUACAAGUGCAUGGUGUGCAAGAAGAUCUUCAUGCUCGCGGCCAGCGUGGGCAUCCGUCACGGCUCGCGGCGCUACGGCGUGUGCGCCGACUGUGCCGACUCGCACCAGGCCACUCAGGAGGGCCUGGAGGGCAUGGAGGGCAUGGAGUUUCCUCGGGACGAAGACUUCGACGCGGAGGAAGGGGAAGACGUGGAGGGGGAGGAACCCACCGACAACGACCAAUCAAACUGCGGCGAGGGCAACGCUGGUGUUGCCCCAGAGGAGGACUAAAAAUUAUAACAAGCUUGAGAUACAAAUGAUAAAAAGUUGAUGUUUAAUAUAUAUAUAGAUAUAUAUAUGUACACAAAAUCUAGCUGGUAAACAAUCAACUCCAAAGUGCUAUCAAACCUUGAGGUUACUUAAUUGUGCAAGUAUAUAACAAAGAUAUGGAUUUUUUUUUUUUUUUUUAAGUUUUGUUAGAGUGGGAACUCCAAGAUGUACAGAUUUUAUUAUUAUUAUUAUUAUUAUAUUAUUAUUAUUAUUAAAACGUGUCCAACUCUGGGCCCAGUGCCCUCGAGAGAAUGAUUUCUAAUGGCGAAUAAUAUGAGUCAGGCUUUUGGUGAUGUAUUUUUAGUUCCUGUUUUCUUUUGGGCGAGAGUUGGGCGGAGAUGAUGUAAUUUUUGAGUUGAGGUAGGCCAAUCAUCAAAACAAAGAAAUGUUAAUUAUUUAAUUUAUGAAGAGAGGUUGUUAUGGUCUUAUCAAAUGCUAUAAUUUGUGUGUUUUGUUUUUUUUCGUCUGCAAGCAGAGGCGCAGUAAAAGCUGUGUCUCUGAAAGUGUUGCGUGGUGCUUGUAGACGUACGCAGAAGAGGAGCGUCGUCGUCCACAGGAAGAUUUGAACGUACCCUCUAGAUCUAUUUAGAUGCGCUAAAUAUUUUUCUUUGUUUUGUGUUUCUUUUUGUUUGUUUUUUUUCUCCUUUCCCUGCACAAAUCUUGGAACCAAAAAAUCUGUUUUGUAACUCUAACAUUACAGCCAUAUUUAUGAUUAAUUUAAGAGGGCUGUGAUAUUAAUGCCAAACAGACCGCACACCAAGAUUUAGCAGGAAACAAAAACUACUGAAUACUCUUAAAAGAAAAAGGAAAAAAAAAGACAAUGUUGGGUUUGUUGUUAUAUGGGGGAAAAAAAUUAUUAAAAAAAAAAAAAAGAGUACAAGGGGAAAUGUUAUUGCUAGCUUUAUACAAAUCACGGCGUCACAGUAACACUUUAUUAUUGUUAUUAUUAUUAAACAAAAGCAUUUGACUUUCACUUAAAGCUUGAAUUUUGCCAAAUGAUGAAACGUUUGGUGCUGUAAUGCUUGUUGCAGAAUACUGGACCUACAGGCUAUAUAUGAUGUUUAUAAUCAUGAAGCUUAAACUGACUCAGUUAUGCAUAUGUAAUCAGCUUAAACUAUAGAACACUGUUGUGCUACGGCGACUAUCAGGUAUGCUUUGCCAUCGUUUUUAAGCUUUUUAUUUUAUUUAAUGCACACUCACUCUCUCACAUACCAUUUUCUAGAACUACCGGCAGUACUAUGACGUUUUGAGGACCUAAGCGGACAUCGAUACCCGUAUGCGUUUGUUUAUAUUUGGUACUGAGGUUUAAAGUAAAUGCGUUAAAUAUAUUUUGAAUCACUUGAAUGUUGGUUUUCUUUCGGGGGGCGGGGGAGGGGGCUUUGAAAAUGUGCGGAAAUCGUGACGCGUGGCAUUUUUUUAAGUCAGAAAAUCUCAGUUUUCCAUUUGUAAAAGGUAUAUGUCACCAGUUUUUGUUUUUGGGUCUGCCAGGUAGAAAACACUUUGUUCCACGUUGAAAGUGAAGCUCUAUGGCGCCUCAUAGACGUGCACUUACUUUUACCUUCAUGAAAAGAUCUCUUUUUAUGUUUGCGUUUCCCCAAAAGCGGGUCUGAAUGGAACUAUAUAAAAAAAACUGUUCUUUCUUCCAAUUGCGCAACUUUUCUUUUUUUUAUUAUUAUUAGACGUUUUGUUUUUGUUAUUUAAUAUUAUAUAUAGACUCCAAAAUGCAAUCAAGACUGUUAAUUUCUAUUUGUCCAACCAAAAUUGUCGUCUUUUAAUUAUUGUUGAAAUAUGAUGUAUGAGAAAAGCCAGGUGAAUACUUGCUUAGUGUAGAAAAUCCUUGCUCGUGUCUGUAAUUGUUGAGAUUUUUUUAAAUGUCUUUAUGCUACAGAAUCAUACACUUUACCCUCAGAACAUAUUAUUGUUUAAUUUUGUUUUCCACGGAUGUCUCCUUUCUCCUUUAUUUCAUGAAGCACAUAUUUUCUAGAGAAACACGGAUUGUUUGCGGGUUAAAACCUUGGAACAGCAGUAUCUGUUUGUAUGCAGUGGAAUAUACAGUAUGUACUGAAGUGCUUAUGAUACCGAAGACGUGUCACUUCCUCUUAUGCUCUGGAAGAAGAUAUAUUUUAAGUCAUAGAAAUAUUCCUCCUCUUUGCUCACUUUUACCUUCAAGUCACUGUGGGAGGGGUUAUAUCACGGAUAUAUAUAUAUAUAUGAUUAUGUUGAGACUAUAUGAGAUGGAUAUAUAUAUAUAUAUAUAUAUAGAAAUGAAAGAUAAAUUAUUUAAGCAGUGGACUUACUUACAGGAACACACUGAGAGUCAUCUACCAAACUCCUGCCAUAGUGGUUUAUUUCUGUGAACUUUAACCUUCCGCUUUGUGCGUUCACGCCGUGUGCUUGUUCAUCUCACCAUCCUGUUGUCAUGUUUGUUCUUUUGAUACUAUUUACCAUCCUACUGAUUUUACUGUAAUGAAUGAAACUCAAAAACUAUGAUGUAUCAUUUUAGAUUUUAUGCUGUAUUUGUUAUAUGGACAAAAAAAGAAAGAGAAGAAAAAAAUAAAAAAAAUCACAAAAAAAAACCAACAAAAAACCAAACACUACAGAUGUAAAGCAGAGGUUUUUUUUCCCCCAGCUGUAUUUUUUUACGCUGUUGCAAAAGGUUGUAUUUUUCAAUUUCUCUCGAACUUAAACAGUGAUGCAAAACUCGGGCCGCGCCUCGGUGCCCUCUGAACACAAAGCAAAUUCAGGUUACUCUUUUUACGUUUUUAUCAAAGGUUUCAAAGAUGGAGCUACACUCUCCUUUAUUCUGUCUGAAUUGUACUACUGUUCCUCUAUACUACAUUUUACGAAUAAAAACUUUGAUAUUGCUUUAA